CGCCGGCGGCUGCAGGCACGAUGGAGAACGGCUCGGCCAGCCCGGGAGCCGCGCUGGGCAGCGGCAACCAGAGCCUGGGCAGGAUGCCCCGGCAGCCCCUGGAGCUGCAGGUGGUCACCAUCCUGCUGGUGCUGCUCAUCUGCGGCGUGGGCAUCGCGGGCAACGCCAUGGUGGUGCUGGUGGUGCUGCGCACCAAGCACAUGGUGACCCCCACCAACUGCUACCUGGUGAGCCUGGCCGUGGCCGACCUCAUCGUGCUGCUGGCGGCCGGGCUGCCCAACAUCUCCGAAGUGGUGGCUUCUUGGGUGUACGGCUACGCCGGCUGCCUCUGCAUCACCUACUUGCAGUACCUGGGCAUCAACAUCUCCGCCUGGUCCAUCGCCGCCUUCACGGUGGAGCGGUACAUCGCCAUCUGCCACGCCAUCAAGGCACAGCUCCUGUGCACCGUGUCCCGCGCCAGGCGCAUCAUCGCCUCGCUGUGGCUCUUCACCUCCCUCUAUUGCCUCAUGUGGUUCUUCCUGGUGGACACCACCCAGGUCACCUUCUCGGAUGGGGCGCAGGUCACCUGCGGCUACCGAGUCUCCAGAAGCCUUUACAUGCCCAUUUACUUCUUGGAUUUUGCUGUCUUCUAUGUCAUCCCGCUGGGGCUGGCGGCUGUCCUCUACGGCCUCAUUGCCCGCAUCCUGUUCGUGAGCCCGCUGCCCGGCACCCCGCAGCGCUCCUUCCUGGGCUCCGUGCACCAGGGCAGCUCCCUCAAGCGCUCCUGCCGGGGCAGCAGGGGCGCCCUGAGCUCCCGCAAGCAGGUGACCAAGAUGCUGGCUGUCGUGGUGGCCCUCUUCGCCGUGCUGUGGCUGCCCUACCGCACGCUGGUGGUAGUGAACUCCUUCGUGGACCCUCCAUACCUGAACACCUGGUUCCUCCUCUUCUGCCGCCUCUGCAUCUACCUGAACAGCGCCAUCAACCCCAUCAUCUACAACCUCAUGUCACAGAAGUUCAGGGCUGCCUUUAGGAAGUUGUACAAGUGCCAGGAGAAGAGUGCUGAGCACCCUGCCCCGUCCUCCACCCCGGUGUACUACAGUGCAGUGAAGGACUGUUCCCACGACAGCUCUGAGCACAACCUCACCGAGCAGGAGGAUCUGAGCAGGCUCCCUGCACCUGCAAAGAAGAGUAAACAAAUCCUGUGAGCAUGAAGCAAUGCAGGCAGUGGGAGUUGUGUGGCUGCACACACUGUGCUGGGAGAGUGCCAAGAGGAAUUGCUUUGACAUUGCAGCGAGCUUCAUUCAAUACUUCUUCAGGGCAUUUAACAGAACCGAUUGUUAUAGGCAAUUUAAUUUGCUUUUCCUUAGCACUAAUUUAUUCUUGUUUGGUGAAGUGUUAGGCAAGUGUCAAUAUUUAGCAUCUCUAAAGCAUCUGUUGUUACAUAUAGCCACCUCAUUUUGUGUUAUGUGCAAGUGCUGAGCUGGGCCAAAGCAUUGAAAGGAGUCCCCGGAACAGAAGUGCAUUCAAGGAAAAAAUACACCUCUUUUUUAGAGUGAGUGUCUCCUACCCAGAUUGACACAGACACCCCAUGGAAACUACUCCUCGAGAGUCCUUUUGAAGUUAAUGGGGGCAAUUAGGCACUUCGAUGUGUCUCCUCUCAUCUCCACUCUCCUGUGAGGAAUACAAAUCCCUACAGAGAAGAUGAAUGUCACAAGAUACGAGGCCAUUUGCUGUAAAUGGACUCUCAGGGGGAGACUCCUGCAUUAGGAAAAACAAAGUUGGGUGUCAUGAGCCUCUGUCAUGCCUCUGGAAACACCGCAGUGCUGGUAGCACAGAAACCCAAGGUCCAGACCAGAUGGAUUUGCCACAAUGAACAAACUAAUAAUGAGUGUUCCCUAAUUUCUUUUGGAUAAUUUUACCUUUCCUGUUGAAAUUCCUCUGGUUGCUUCAACUGGAAACUGUACUCUUGUCCUUUAAGCCCCAGUGUGGUAUAGUCAUUACCACAGAGCAGUGUUGCUCUCUGCCCCAGCUACAGGUGCAUUUCAAUGGCAGGUGAAGAAAUUCUCUUAUUUCCUGGGAAUAACUUGUGAAGUCCAUGAAGUGUUUUGUGAUUAGUGACACAAAUGCUUAUUGCUGCUGUCAUCUUGAAAGCAAAGUAGAUAUUCAUACCCUGCAGCAUCCAGGAGACCAGUCCAAGGGCACUUGCCCCAGACUUGCAAAAGACUAUCUGGACUAUGAGUAAAAUCAAAAAGAUUACACAUGAGCCAAACCCUUGGGCUCUUGCCAAAUAAAACAAGUGUCUGCCACCAGUAAACCUCAAGUGACUGUGAACUAUUACUUGAACAGCCUCGCUAGUCAACACUGGAUAGAAUUUUGCAUCCACUUAGGAAAAUAUGUGUAUGGUAUUUUCAAGGCCACAAGACAUUAAUUAACCAAUCUGAAUCUACAGGAAAUCACUUCACUGGGUGAGUCAGGAAAAUACCUCAAAUCUCUUCAGUGUGUUGGAGCUGUCCAAGACCUAUUUUGUUGUGUGUAGAGAGGUUUUGCAUGUAUGAUUAUUAUAUUGCAUGUUAUUAAACCAUCUAUGUUACCCCUAAAAUAGAUACAGGAUGAGGGAAGAAAACAUUGGCUUUUUGAAAUUAUUUUAAACAUAAUGCAUUUGGAAUUUAA